AAUACUGACCAGAGAACAGAAAGUGACCAAGGAGUAUCUAAGAUAAACUGGUGAUGUGGUAAAGGCCAUUAGAUAAGAAUUAAACUCAACAAUGUCAGUUUCGGCCAUUAUUGGAGGUUUCUCAAGCUACUCCAAGCUUCGAGGAUCAAAUGAUGAUGAUUGGGUGGACAGAGUCAACCAUCUGUACACUGUUAUUAUUCUAGUUAUUUUCGCCAUCUUCAUCAGUGGUGGACAGUAUGUGGGUAACCCAAUUGAAUGCUGGUGCCCCGCCCAUUUUACGGGCUCAUAUGUAGCCUACACAAAAUCAUACUGCUGGGUGAAAAAUACGUACUAUAUUCCCAUGGACAACACCAUUCCCGUGGAGCAUAACAAUAGAUCUUCAGAAGAACUCACCUACUACCAGUGGGUGCCCAUCAUUCUCCUCUUCAUGGCCUUCCUUUUCAAAGCACCCAGCAUCCUCUGGAGGAUCUUCAAUAGCGGAUCGGGAUUGAACCUGGAAAAAAUUGUCAACAUGACAACUGAUACCCAAAUAGGAAGUCCGGACAAACGAGAAGAAACGUUGCGUCAUAUCUCGGUUUACAUGGAUCGUUGGUUGGAGACGCAUCGCCAGUAUCAUUGGAACGCUCUCAUCCGAGCUCGAGAAAGAGUUUCCAAACUCUGUUGCUUUUUGUGCUCAAAAAGAGAUGGUACUUACCUAACCGGGCUUUAUAUUUUCGUCAAAUUGGUCUACGUUGUUAACGUUAUCUGUCAGUUUUUCCUGCUCAACGCUUUUAUGGGUGAGUGGUAUAACAUGUAUGGUAUGGAGGUGCUGAGUGGUCUCUAUAACGAUCAUGCCUGGAAGGACUCGCCAAGAUUCCCCAAAGUAACCCUUUGUGAUUUCGACAUUCGUCAACUGAACAACAUUCAACGACACACCGUGCAAUGCGUCCUUCCCAUCAAUCUUUUCAACGAGAAGAUCUUUAUCUUCCUCUGGUUCUGGUUUGUCGUCGUUGCUGUUGUAACCGUCGCUAACUUCGGCUUCUGGAUCUGGAGAGUCCUCUUCAAGAUGAACCGAGUCCGAUACAUCAAGAAAUAUCUUAAACUCUUGGAUGAGGUGCGCGGAGAAGAAGACAAACGGUUUGCCAAGAAAUUCGCUGACCAGUAUCUGCGAGAUGAUGGCAUCUUCGUUCUUAGGUUAAUCGGCAAGAACUCUAACGAUAUUUUAUUAUCUGACCUAGUCUCAAACCUUUGGAAAAUCUACAAAAGUAAACCGAUGAUUAAAAAGGAAUAUGCUGAUGAUAACAACGAAUCACAUGCUUAACAAUUGAACUUGUCAGAACAUAAAUAGGAUUUUUUUCGAUAUGAAAUAUCUGUAUAUUUUCAUGAAUAUAUUAUUAAUAAACGUGACUUUAGUUCGCGUUUGACAACAAAUCACGUGGCUUCCAUGGUGUUGUGUGAUUGGCCUAAAGGUGGUGAUACUGCUGAACUGUAUUAUAGAUAUAUAUAUAUAUAUAUAACUGCCAUCUUGUAUAAAAUUAAUAGAGUGGAUGGGGUGUUUUUUUUAUCAUUCAAAAGUGUAGUUUCCAUGGCAAUCAGUAAACAUUCCCAUAAUCAAUUCACAUUCCAACUAUAGUUGUCGGAAACGAAAAACGGCUGUUUUUUCUGGACUUUGAUUCUCAUCGUCUUUUAUUAAGCUGUGAUUACAUCGGGCAACUCAGUUCGCUCAUAACACCGGAAAAAUGAGUUGUUACGAAUCAUCAGUACUGUGAUUACCGGUAAUACCAACGGAUCAGUAGUCAAUUACUAUGAUAUAAACAAUCAUUAAGGUUAUCUUUUCCAGUAUUUCGUAUUACAGAACAACAAGAACUAGUCCAGAUCAAGUUUCUAAUCGAGACUACUGAUGCCUUUUCUGUUACACAUUCUAUUACGUCACGUAAUUUAUAUAUCUCAACGAACAACGAUGUCUACUUUGCUCACAAUAUUACGUUACGUGCCUUUCAGAGGUUGGCAAUUCAAGUAUUCCAGCAAUAGAUUUUAAUUAAUAUAUUGACCUAAUUAAUAUUGUGCAUUUUUUGGUUUCAAACCAUAUGUGCCUUAAAGUUUCAGACAUUUAAAAUAGCUUUUUAUAUAUUUUAUUUUUAAAAACAUAUUACUGAAUAUAAUGCGAUAAAGUUCUGGGCAUUAAUUGUGUUUUACACACUAAUCUCAGUGCAUUUUUAGUCAUUUAUUUCAUGUUAAACAUCGAAUUGUUCAAUUUCAAAGGAUUGGUUUUGCCAUCUUUUUAUUUUCGUUCAGUGGUUUGGGUAUUCUUUAAGUGAUUUGUUUCCUUUAUAAAGGGGGUAUUACUUCUUUCUUUUUUUCUUUAUUUUUUAAAUUUUUGAUAAUUUGGGAAUUUCAUCAUUACAGCUUCCGCGUAUUAUAUUAUUUUCUACAAAACUAAAGUAAUUUAUAGUUUAUUCUGAAAUGCUGAAUUGACGUUAUUCAAGUUUAAUGUAUAUUAUAUUUUUUCCUCGCUUAUAUCAUAAUGUAAUUGUGUAUCAAGCAUUUCAGAUUUUCAACCUUCCUGUAUAUAAAUAGAAAAUUGGCUUUGUAUACCAUUUAUCUACUUUAUAAAAGAUAGUUUAAAUAUACAGAGCUGUUAUCUUAAUUUUAGUCUAUAUAUAUAUAUAUAAAUAAAUAUAUGCCCGCCUUCUUUAUGUAUUUAGAAUGUAUAUUAUUGCAGUUACUGUGGUUCGAGACAGGGGUAUUUGAAUUAUUUAAAAUUAUUUUAAGUUGACGGUUUAACACUGAGCUAUUUUCACUAUCUUUAUUUCGAGAAACAUACAUGAAGGUAAAAUUAAUUAAUUAUAUAGUUUAGAAUGUUUAUUGUAAUCAUAAAGCCCCAGUCUAUUUCUAUAGUAAUAUGUAGGUAGUGUAGUUGUUUGCAUAUCUGCUUAGUGAAUUAAAUUAUAUAUUAAUUUUAAUUGUGGCAGAAUGAUAAAUCACGCUCAUGAAACCUGUCUACGCAGUCGCAGUAAAAUUUUGUGAAAAUCACUAUACACUGCAUCUAAUGCAGAACACUCCAUUGCAGAUUAAAGUCACUUAGUUAAAUGUUUAAACUAAUGGAGUACAACAUAAAACGAAACGUGGUUUACAUCUGGUUUUAAACAGUUUGACUCCAGUGGGAACUGCCGAAUAAGCCCUUACCCCUCCCCUUACCUCCUCCUUAAAGCUCGGCUGCACAGGUUUUACUGUGGAGUGAUUAUCUGUCUACAUUUGCCAUGUUUACGGGAAUCGUAGUUUGUCAAUGAGAGAGGUCUUUUCCAGGUUGGGUAAAGAUUUGCGUUAGGCGUAGGUUAUAGCCCUAGUAGCCGUAACCCAGAAUUCCCAACAGGUGAAUUUAUUUAUGGAAAGACCUCCUUAACAGACCUGAUCUCCUCCUCUCCUGGCCUGAAAAUAGAUAAUACCCUUUUGAAUCCAAGUCACCGUGCAUAUUACAUAGAUUAAACCCUUAUAUUAAUAUAUAGUGUGUAGUCAUAUUAAUCUAAAUUGAUAUAUCAAUCUGGAUAAUCUGGUCAGUGAAAAUCAAAAUGUAAUUGUGAAAUGAUGUGUUAUAAUGAUUAAGGAAUUGAUAAUAUUUGAUGCGGUGUGCCUUGGCAGCUCUAUGACCCGUAAAGCCAUUUAUUAUUUUUUUUAAAUUGGGACAUCGAAACCGGUAUAUAUAUAUCAUCGACUGUCGAGGUCAAAUAAAUUUUGGACAUCGAAAAUUCUAAUGGUAGUCAAUAGUCAUUGAAUUUCAAGUAACAUUUUGAACCUCGAAAUUUCUAAUGAUAGUCGAUCGUCAUUGAAUAUCAAAUAAAACCCCGGAUAUUGAAAAUUCUAUAGAUAGUCGAUAGUCAUUGAUUUGGCCUCCAAAAAAUUAGAUUUCGAAAAUUCUAGUCGAGAGUCAUGUGAUCCCUCAUCUGGUAAGACGGUCAUGGAAACACCAAUAUUAUCAUUUCUUCUAGAUUUUAAAUACUAAAAUAUUAAAUGAUGCAGUUUAAAUUUAUAUUUUUAUUGUGUGAUUAUAGGAUCAUUGAAUGAAUGAAUGAAUGUAUAAAAUUUAUUGGGUUAUUAAAAAAUGUUGCUGUAAUAAUACAA